UCAGGACUAAGAAAGCAUUAUCUACUCAUAACCAGGAAGUUUCCAAAGAAAUAGAAUCAGAGGGAAAGACAUUGGAAAGUUCCCAAGGUUUUUCAUUUGGAAUAACUUGUGACUCUCAAGGCAGUUUGGAGAGACAAAAGGAAAGUUCUAUGGGGGAUAGCUUAAGAAAACGUCCUUUCCAGGAGAAAGAUUUCAGGAAAGUGACCAUUCCUCACCAAAAAAAAUUCACAGGAAAGAGGGCACAAGAAUAUAAUGAAUUUAGGAGAAUCUUUAAGCUGAGCUCCACUUUUUUUGCACAGCAGAGAGAGCUUACAGAAGAUAGAUCCCAUAAAUGUGAUACAUGUGGGAAAAACUUCAAAUACAAUUCAGAUCUUAUUCUCCAUCAGAGAAUUCAUACUGGAGAAAAACCUUUUGAAUGCAAUAAAUGUGGGAAAACUUUUGGACUCAAUUCUCAUCUUACUGAACAUCAGAAAAUUCAUACAGGAGAGAAACCUUACAAAUGUAAUGAAUGUGGGAAAGAUUUCCGUCGGCAUUCACAACUUAUGUUACAUCAGAGAAUUCAUACUGGAGAAAAACCCUAUGAAUGUAAAGAAUGUGGAAAGGCUUUUAGUCAGAGCUCACAACUUACAUUACAUCAACGAAUCCACACUGGAGAGAAACCCCAUAAAUGUAGAGAAUGUGGCAAAGCCUUCAGUAGGAGCUCAACCCUUAUUAAACAUCAAAGAGUUCACACAGGUGAGAAGCCCUAUAAAUGUAAUGAAUGUAGAAGAGCUUCCAGUCAGAGUUCUCACCUUAUUCUACAUCAAAGAACUCAUACUGGUGAGAAACCCCAUGAAUGUCAUAUAUGUGGGAAAGCCUUCAGUCGAAGCUCACACCUUAGAGAACAUCAAAGAAUUCAUACUGGAGAGAAGCCUUAUAAAUGUAAUAUAUGUGAGAAAUCCUUCAGUCAGAGUUCAAACUUUUUUCAACAUCAAUUAAUUCAUACUGGAGUGAAGCCCUAUAGAUGUAAUAAAUGUGGGAAAGCAUUUAACCGUAGUUCACACCUAAAUGAACACAUGAGAAUUCACACUGAGGAGAAAGCCCAUCGAUAUAAUGAAUAUGGGAAUGUCUUAGAUAAUUCAGGCCUUUUAAAAGAUCAUCGCAUUCAUGUUGGAGAGAAAAUUCAUGAAUGUAAUGAAUGUGGGAAAGCCUUUAGUUGGAGCUCACAUCUUGUCCUACAUCAGAGAAUUAAUACUGGAGAGAAACCCUAUGGGUGUCUUGAAUGUGGAAAAGUCUUUAGUCAAAGCUCUCAUCUCAUUUUACAUCAGAGAACUCAUACUGGAAAAAAACCCCAUGAGUGUAAUGACUGUGGGAAGGCUUUCAUUCAUAGCUCAAGCCUUCCUUAUUCAGCAUCAAAGAGUUCAUUCAGGACAGAAACCAUAUGAAUGCAAUGAAUGUGGCAAAGCUUUUAGUCGGAGCUUAACUCUCAUUCAACAUCAAAUAAUUCAUACUGGGGAGAAAAUAUAUGGAUGUAAUGAAUGUGGGAAAACCUUCCGAUGGAGCUCAAACUUGAGAAAACACCAGAGAAUUCAUACUAGAGUAUAAGCUGGUGGAUAUGAUUACUAGGAAGGACACAAGAUAGUUAUUUAACAGUAAAAGCUAGCCAACUUAAUCAUAGGGUUUCUUUUUUUUUUUUUCUUUGUUUGUUUUUGGCAGUAAGACAGAGGAGUGAAUUUUUGAGUAUUAGAUAUAGGUACAUCUCUCACUUGUCUAUUUCAUUCAAGCCAAUCUACUUAAAACUUCUUAGCUCAAGAUCUGCUAAUUCCUGCCUCUGUGCCUUUUACUUAUCUUCAUGUUUUUGUAUAUCAUAUUCAGGAUCUUAAAAAUCCCCUUCUUCAGGAAGCCUCCCAUUUGUAGCUCUAAUCAAAAAUACCAUUAUGUGACCUUUUGUAUUUAUGUAUUGAUUGUGGUAUAUUGUUAUAUAUGUUGAUAUAUAUGUGGUAUAUUAUUAUAUAUUAUUUUUUACUUAAUUUAUGUAUCAAUAUAAGAAAGAGGAUGGGUUUAAAAUCAGGAGACUUAAAUUUAGCCCUAGCCUUGAUUCCACUGUUUGAGGUCCUCUGGGGCUUCAUUUUCUUGAUAAAUUGAGGGGAUUGGCCUCAAUUCUUUCCAGUUUUGAUGUCCUAUGUUCUGUAUAUUGGUAUUUAUUCACCACCUAACUAAAUCAUGCAAGAUUUUUUAAAAUCCCAAUUGGACUUCAAACUUUUGUUAAUAUCUUUUGCAUUUAUUAGAUAAUAAUGUUCAUUGGAUAUUUGUUUGCCUUUAGUCUUCUCCACUUAGCUCUGGCACAAUUCCUGUUGUUCUUUAUGCUAUUUAGCAUACAUAGGAAGCCUAUUGAUACAGGAACAGUUGUUGAAUUUAUAUUUUCAUAGGAUCAGAGAUAUGGAGAUGAAAAGGACCUCUGGUAAUAUCUUAUCCAGCCUUCUUUUUCCAGAUGAAAAAAUUGGAACUUACAGAAGUUUUCACUCAUUCAGUAAACAUUUUGUAAGUGCUUACUAUAUGUCAGAUAUUAUGCUAAGUGCUAGGGUUACAAAAAGAGGCAAAAUGGUCCCUUCCUACAAGGAAUUUACAAUCUAAAUGACGUGUCUAGGAUCAUAGUUAGUAAUUGUCACAGUCAUGAUUUGAACACAGAUUUUUCUGAUUCCAAUUCCAGCUUUCUAUUCAUUAUAAUAUGCUGCCUCAUAAUUGGUUUGGAAUUUGUUUUACUAUUGACUUAAGCUUCUUCUAGUGUUUCUGGGGAAAGCCUACUUGCCAGAUUACUGAAGAGGGAAGGGAGAAGUAGCUUGAUAGGAUCAUAGCCUCAUUCAAUUUUUUUGUUUUAGAAACAAAGAUAGUGAUGCUCGGAGAAAUUAAGUGACUUGCUCAAGAUCACAUGAGUUGUAAUUGUCAUGAGAGGUGGAAUUUGAGUCCACAUCCUCUGAUUCUGAGGUCAAUGCUUUUUUCCUUAUACCGUGUUAAGCAGGUGUGGCUCAAGGAAUUUCCUGUCUAGGGGAAAAGAAGAAAAGGGAUAAUUCACCAGCAUCUCCAGGAAAGCAAGCAUUUUAUUAAAUAAAGGAUGGGGACUGAGAAGAGUGCGUGGGAUAGCGAUGAACAAACUCAGUUACAAACAAAUACACUGAGAUACUCUUUCAUUUAUAUUCUCUAAGAAUGAGGGAGAAAAAAUGAGGAAUUAGAGUGAAGAAUCUUGGUGAAGUCAAUGGAGAGCAUUAGGACCAUAAAACUUGCUGCAGGGUCAAAAAAGUCAUCGUGUUCCAGGGAAACUGCUUUACCAAGGGCCAGUUUGAGGCUGCAGGAUCAUAACAGUUGUGUGAGGGAUACUGGUCAAGGUGCUAGAGGAUUACACACAUACUCACACCCAAAUAUCAGGUUUAUUCCAUAUUCAAGUAACUGCUCUGGUAUGUUUGUGUCUCUUAUUUGGUACACAGCACAAGAUUCUCUUGUGUGCUGCAUGUGUAUGUAAUAAAUGUUCCAUUGAAUCAGGA